AUGAAUCGAGGUCGACGACGUGGUGGUGGUCCAAGUUUGUCGGGCCUACGAGAUGGAGUAAAACGACGCCUUUUGAUCCCCACUCUGUCCCGACGAAACCUGAUCCUAAGUUCGAACGCAGAUAACAACUCAGAUGUGACAAAUACUGAAUUUGGCAGUCUGCAGAUGAACUUGUUUGAGGUGACAGCUAAACUAGAAACUGCUUUUCGCUUGGGCCCAUUUUACCACCCAGUCCCAGAACUGUCCGAAGGAAUUAAUAUAUCUCUAUUAACAUCGAGUAACAACUUAAAAGUCGGAAACAAGACACCAAAUAUGGUGUCCCUGUUGCAUCUUUUGGUUGCUCAUGAUGAGGUUAAUCAGUGGUCAGAUGAAGACAUGAAUAUGAAGGAACCUGAUGAUUGGACGAUUGAAUACAAAACGAUCACUUAUCGAAAUACAGAUAUCCUGAAAGAUUCAUCAACAAGCACGCCGAAAAUUCAGGUCAUCAGAUUAUCUUCAUAGCUCUAAAAAGGCAAUGUGCAUCAAUCUUCCACUUACAGGAGACGGUGUUCAUGAUAUAGUCAGACGAAGGCUCGAUGCACUCCAUGAGAAAAAAUUACUGUUUCUUAGCGCGACAAAGCAGGUAAUACAACAUUCUGGGAAAGACGAAAACAUUCAUCGUCGUCACUUCCAGCUGCUUAUAUGAAUUCAAAUACCCUUAUGGAAGUAAACACGUGUCUUACGGAGAGGCGGCUGUCUUUUUGUUUGGUUGAUUGUUUGCCUAAAUGAUCAGUUCAUUCUGAAAUGAAGAUAUCAAGAAGUCCUCUAACAAAUCACCUUAUACAGACUUUGAGCAUGGAAUCAACCUUAUCAAAGAAACUGCUUGGAAUCGUAGAGGUCUGUGUGAUUCGGUUUCAUAAACCAACCCUUUGGUGGUGGUAACUCUUAGUUUGCCGUGGUAACACUUUUAAUUACUGUGAAUUCGAUGAUAAAUCUACUUUUUUGCUUAUCAACAUUAUUAUUAGUCAAUUAGUUUUGUUCUUAUUUUAUUCCUAUAUCCCAUACUAACUUAAUGAACCGAUAUAUUACUAGUAUUCACAUCUUAGUGGCCUAACAACCAUUUCAUUUCCAAUGGCGUAAUUUAACUUUAGUCUGUAUAAGUUUUCAGUUAGUUUCCACAACCCUACCCAUCUUUUUACACAUCUGCUUAACAAUGUUCGAAAUAUACUUAUUUUGUUAAGCCUUAUUCAUGGACCUAGGUUGAAACGCAUAUGUGUAUCUCACCCUGUAAUACCUUAUGGUAUAUAUACUUAAGUAUGUAGAGCAUUCAGCUGAGGGGUUCUAUCAAAAUAAAACCCUGCUUCCCAUGGACUUGCUGUUUCAUUAAAAACAAUCUGAACAAAGAAUUUUAUCUUCAGUAGAUUCUCAUCAGUUCUACAAUUAUAAAAUCCAUUUGUACAGCGUAAGACAAAACAAGUUUCAGCGGAUACAUGUUCAAAAUGCAAUGAGAGUUAAAGACUGUAAAGAAAUCGAUUUUUCAUUUUAAAUUAGUUAAUAUUUAUAUGAAAUAUAUGCAGAUGAAGAGUGUGAUGGUAAGAGCAAAAGCAACAAAUAAGGAAGACAGAAGUGGCCUUUAUUUUAUUGGAGGUUACAGACGGAAUAACGUUUAAACCUGCUUUUUCUGGAUCCAAAGUUCAGGUUUGAUCAAUCUUAUUGUGACAGUCUCAGCUAUGUUGAAUGGAGGUUGACCAGCUAAACGUGGUAUUGUUUUGGUGCACGAUAUAUGACAUUCAAAGUUCUGUUCACAUCUGUGUGUUACGCUGUGUUUACUAGGUGUACUAAGAACUUUUCACCAAUUUCACUUCGCCUUUUCCAAACCAAGCCGGUAAAUGUUCUCGUAUCCGCAGACGCACCUACUUAAUUGUAAUCUUAUGUAAAUUGUUCCACUGAAACAGUUAAAUUGAUAUAUGCACCCUGAGGAGCUAAUAUUAAUUAGGUUAUCCUUUAAUCUCGGAUUGAGCACUGACCGACUACUGAAAGAUAUUCAAAGACAACCUGGAUAAAACGUCAUGUGGAGGGUCCCUCUUGAAUUGUGAGCACAGAAACAAAGGCUUAUCCACUGUCAUCAGUUUUCAUCUGGGAUUACUGUUUGCUUUGGUGAACUUUUCAGCGCAUCAGUUUUCAUCUCGAAUUUCAUGGAUACACAUUAGAUCUUUUUUCACACUCCUUCGAACAAAUCCAUCUUACUGUGAAUGCUAGGCACCUGAUUAUAUUACGUUCUCACGUCAUCGACACGAAGCUAAGAAAGUGUGUAUAUUUUCUGUAUACACUCCCAUCCUCUUUUCUUGUCAUUAGGACCUCAAGAAAUGUUGUUGUUUGUUUUAAAUUUGUAUCAGAAAAGUAAUGUUUUUGAUACUAAGGUAGACGCAAGUAAAUGAGAGUUAAGCGCAUAAAAAGUGUAUGUUGAUGGAAACACUCACUACUUAGAAUGCGACAAAGUGAAUACGUUCGCGUUAUUCUAACAUAUUUUCAACCUUGUUACAAAGAGUUUUCGACCACUGAUUCUUAUUGUCCCUAGGACCCAACCAAGUGACCUACACUUGACACGUUUCCUAAAUAAGUUGGUUUCACCACCAAACCACUAGCUGCUACACUAUAGUGGCUGUCAGGCUAACAUAUCACAAUGACCUCUUCUCCUAAAACUCUACAACUGAUUUCUGCGUUACUCGCAUGGUGCUACCACGACAUAUGGCCUAUGGUACGAAGGCGACGUUGGUCGAAUAUCUGAAGUCUUCUCAUUUCCACUACCUUUAAUGACCGUGUACAACAACCAUACAGUAGAACAGAGCAUACUGCAGCACAGUACACUCGACCCUUAAUAGACAGUCGGAUAUUGCGAUAGCACCACAGAUGUCGCAAGUUAGCAGAAGCUUUUUGUAUGCACCCAGAGAUUUUCUCGGCCACUACCCACCAAAGUUGACUCAACUUCCCAGGUAAGAGAAGUGUUGAAAGCAAUCAACCACUUUACUCCUUACUCUUAGCAGGGCCACUACUUAGGACCAAUCCUGUGGCAACAAGUUGCAUUUGGAUGGCAAGGAACGCAUCCCAAAUAUUCUUAAAUUGCAACUCACGAAUUCCAGAAGGAUGACUAUGUAUCUUAUUAGUAACUUCACCUAACAAGACUAUCAUCUGCGAUUUCUAGAUAUACCGAAAAAUUCUUUUGAGUUAAGAUUAGGCUUUGUGAAGUCAGAGGAUAAGAAGGAGACCUCCGUAUAUACGUUAAUAAUACAACUGAAUAAGAAUGGAGACAGUGGGUAGCCUUGACAAACGCCACUCGAUGUACAAGGCUCGAACACGUCCACAGGUAUUCUAGUAAAAAGCCUUCAACAGUGUUGUAUUUAACCGGCACCCAUUUUAGUGAGAGUCAACACGAUCGAACCUAUCGAUUACCGCAGUCAAAUGCCCCAAUUACCUCAAGAAAUAGAGCUAGUGUUGGGCCCGGCAAGUGUGCAUCUGUUAAAAGGAACUGGCUGAGUGUGACUGUAUGGUUGAUACACUCAGGCACAGGAAUAAAUCUAACAUUAUUUUCCAGAUUUUGCAGCUCCCGAGUUACACUAAAGUUUCCCGAAAAUAAAAAGAAAUUAGUAUUUUAGACACUAUGUUCAUCAGGCUGCUUCCUCUAAAGUUAACACAAUAGUUAUAGUCUUGCCAGAAGACCACAACAGUGAGUGAUUAAGACCAGCCAGAAUGCAUCACAUCUAAUUGCCAUGCUCUUCUUACCACUUUAGUUACCGUUACCAAUAACCCGCGACCACCGGCCUUAAAUACAUUUGGCCCUGGUGCACUUCCUUGUUUCAGCUUACCUACUGCUCUCUCGACUUCUGCAGGUGUUGUUCCACACAGCAUCCAGCUGGAUAGAGAGUGACGGUAUGGUAGGUGGAGUCCAGUUGAACUGUACUCAAAAGUGUUCCGACCAACGUUUUAGUCAACUCCUUUGGGAGUGAAUCGCAGACACGUCCUUCUCUCUUAUUCCAGAAAACAUUGACUCUUCUACUCCAGUUUUCUUGAUCAGUUCAAACAGGCGUGUAGUGUUAUCUAUCGACGCGACCUUUUGCAUCAUUUCACCAUUCACCACCCACGAUUCCUCGCGGUCGUUGUGGAAACUUCUCAUCAACCGAAACUUGAGUUGCUUCCACUCUUCACUGUACAACGAGGCUACGUGAAUGCUGUCGCGUGCAUUUCUUAAUCCAGAAGAAACCACCUACGUAUUCUCGCCCCUGAGAGUCAGUCAAAGUCUUCAACGCCGUUUGACAGCAGACAGAAGAUGGCAACAGACUUCAUCAAAAUAAGUGGUUCUGUUCCAUUCCAAUAACUGUCUAGCCAGUUUCUCACUGGAAGCAGCCUUAGUAGUGGUUUUGUCGUUGUCGUUAACCUGCGUCCAAUUCUACGCGAACGUACUUGUACUGGGACAAACGUGUAAACACAGUCUAAACACGUGCACCAGAAGGAGCAGCUGUCUUUCACCGGUCGAUUCUCCUCAACAACAACUGAUACCAAUACAGUUUAUCUGUGUCCAUUGCUGAGUUGAGGUUGGUGCAUCCCAUGACAGACAAUAUCUCUCUUCAUGUCUCAUGUCUGUGCUGACCAGAAACAAAUGGUUGUCUGAGUACGGUUGUAGCAGUUGGUCUCCGUUGUCUGCUGGUUGGGCUGGGAUUCUGAAAGUCCCACCUAUCCAUGUACCUUUCUGCCUGACUUCGCCUAGCCACUCGUGCACUGAAAUCACCUGCAACAAAUACCACGUCUGAACGUUUGGGUUUCAGUAGGAGGCUAGACAGUUUUCGGCAGAACUCAUUUUUCACUUCAUCGGAACUGCAGUCAGUGGCUGCGUAAACAGAGGUUUAAAAAAGAUAGUGGCAAGUUUCACCAUUGUUUUCAAUCUCCACUGGACUGCUCAUUCAAACAGCGCAUAGUAGAAAGUCAGCUGGCAUCUAGUUGAGCAGCUAACUUUCCGUCUUCAAAGCUCUAAUUGUGGAAUUCGGAUCGCGAUUUCAGACCAGGGAUGCUAUUGCUUAAGCUCAAACUGUUAUUUAGAACUGCAGAGCUGGAACAAAUUUAAGAGGGAGAAAGAUUUGUGUUACUGCAGGGCGCAUAGAACACUUACUUUGAGGACAGGCACACAGCCUUUUGCGAGUCGUUGUUUUAACUCCGGAGUAGAAAUACGUUCACCGCCCACGCUGAAGUGAGUGUCCUAGUUUACAGGCCGAUUUUUUUAAUCAUCGUUUUUCCUAUAGGGAAGGCAGCAGUACUAGUCACUCAAAGGAAACCCGUCACUGCUGUAACAGCCGGUCCAGCAUGCCGUAUAACUUCACCUUGAGACCCCCAUCAUAUUGUUUGAUUUUACUAUUCAACGGUAACUGCCACUAUCCAGCUGACUUUUUGUUAAGGCAGGAUCUCGACGGAACAAGCGUUUUAGCUAGGGUAGCUCGUUGGGUCAUUGUAGUGUGCAAACCUGACCAUCACUUCAAGGUAGCAGCUAUCGGCUGUGGGCCUGACCACAUAUUUCUUAUUUACUACCACCUCUUCUUUCGUUGUGGAAUGUUGGGAGAAUUAGGAUUAAGUUGUGUACGGGUUAGAGUGGUCAGACUUUGACGUAGCACCAGUUCCUGAAGUCUCUGACUGUUGAUGUAGUUCGUGUAGAGAGGUUUAGACUGUCUGGUUGGGGUCCUCGAAAUCAUUAAAAUCAGUAGUUGGGGGUGCCUAUUGGCAUGGCUGAAAAUGGGCCACGAAAGUGCUGCUUUAUUCACUCUUUGACAUCUUUCGAAGUUUGGCUAUACACAUGUCUACUUGGUAUGACUCUUUUUCUUCACACUCGUUCUUUAUAUGCAGCCAUAUAGUGUAACAGCCUAAAUCAAUGCACUUUUCCUGAGGUUCUAUGUUGAUUGUGUCUGUUGUGUUACUUGAAGCAGAUAGUUAAUUUGUCAGUUAGUUCAUGGUAUCAUAAUAACUAAACAAAGUGUACUCAAAUGAGUAGGUUUAAUGUGGCUAUUUUUCUUGCUUAACGGUAUUAUCUCAUAUUUAGAAUGAAGUCAUAUAACCCAUGUUUAAAGUAUUGUCUAAAUGACUACUUUAUGUAACUACGAAAUCUAGGCUCUGUUGUAUUAAGCAAAAUGACUGCUUAGUUUUCUGAUUCUGAAAGAGAUCACAUUUAUAUCCGGAUCGAUGUUACUACGAGAUUUCUGGUUUACAUGCAUCUUUUCAUUAAUACUGAUCAACCUUUUCACUUGUCAAAAUUUCGUUGAAAAGAGCAGUUUCUUCAUGACUUCCUGAGCAUUUACCAAACGGGAAUAGAUACUUUCAAUAUUGUUAUCACUUAGCAACUUAUUAACAGAGUGCUAUACGGAUUUUUUUGGAAUCAUUCACAGUAAUCAACUAACGGAAAUAGUCUAUGCUUUGAAUUCAUUUUGAUCUUGAGCAUCUAACUUUUAUCUGUUCCUCUUUCUCGAUAACGGUUUUUUUUGACUGAAUCUUGGUUCAGUUUAUACAAAAUUGUAAUUUUGCCAUCUGAGUUAGUUGGUUAAUUUCUGUUUGUUUUCUGUCAAACACUUAUACGUCAACACAUUACAUAACUUUUUCUGGCACUUUUGUUGCCACUCUUUUUUUCCUUUGAACUUUUGACUCGACUGUGACUUUUUGGUUUAUCUUCUUGGCUUUGUUUGUGUCCUUAUAGUCGUGACCUCGCUAUACCACUUCGUAAUUGAUAUCAUAAAAUUAUAUAAAAAUUGUAUCGUUUAUCAUGUUUGAGGUUGUAAGAAGUUGAUGAGAAACCAAUCAGGUUUAAAAAAGAAAAGAAACUGUUUCUAAAAACAAUCUGCCACAGUUUUCAAGUUUUACUCUUAUAUCAAUGAAACAUUUUAUGUUUGUGGACAAGUUUUUUUAGCAUAGUGUAGCCGCCGGAAAUCAAGUAUAACGAAAUCGGAAGCAAGACAGUUCCCAACUCUGUUUUGGCUGUUGCAGUUGUCAGUUAGCGUUUCAUGGGCUGUUACAUUCAAAAAGCGAGUAUUGUAGAAAUUAUUUUUGACUAGAUUUCAACGUGUGCACUUUUGUUGCACCAUGUUCUGCUUCUAAGCUUUUCAAAACUGGAUGUAUAAAUACGUAAAACGUUUGGAACCAUGGGAAGCUUGCAUUAAUUCAACUCCAAUUAUUAGUGCUUUUGCCGAAAUUGUGUGAAGUAUCCAGAAGAAUUGAUUUGUCGAACGCGAAUCAAACUGAAAAGUAGCAAGCGCGUCUCACGAAAUCAAGUUCUCAACGUCAGAAGCAUCCUCUUACCGGUGUUCCUGAAAUUCUAACUGACCGUUAUAUCCAACUUUUUACAGAACCCCUUCCAGAAAAUGAUG